GCAACCACCAACUACAAACCCGUUCUCCUUUCUCUCCACAAGGGAAAGAUGAGUCACAAUCAUCCAAAAAUCUUGAUUGUAUCGCGUACGCCGACAUGCACUCCAAUGUCUUCUGCAUCUUCGUUAUUUAGCGUCUCUGCGUUUCGCCUCCGACCCAUCGCACGUCUCUCUUCUUCCCGAUUUUACCCUCGUUUUCUCCGCCUGACUCGACCCUUCGACGUUCUUCCUCCGAGGGCAUAUCCGUCUCUUCGCGCUUCCUCGGUGACCACCAUGGCCGACUCCAACGUCGAUGCCGGCAUGGAUGCCGUUCAGAGACGCCUCAUGUUCGAGGACGAAUGCAUUCUCGUCAAUGAAAAUGAUCGAGUUGUGGGCCACGACACCAAAUAUAACUGCCAUCUUAUGGAGAAGAUUGAAUCUGAAAAUUUGCUACACAGGGCUUUCAGUGUGUUCUUAUUUAACUCGAAAUACGAGUUACUUCUCCAGCAAAGGUCAAAAACAAAGGUCACGUUCCCUCUGGUGUGGACAAACACUUGCUGCAGCCAUCCUCUUUAUCGUGAAUCGGAGCUAAUUGAAGAGAAUGCUCUUGGUGUUAGGAAUGCUGCUCAGAGAAAGCUCCUAGAUGAGUUGGGUAUUCAAGCAGAGGAUGUACCAGUUGACGAGUUCACUGCCUUGGGACGCAUGCUUUACAAGGCUCCUUCCGAUGGCAAGUGGGGAGAGCACGAACUGGAUUACCUGCUGUUCAUAGUGAGGGACGUAAAGGUUAGACCGAACCCAGAAGAAGUGGCGGACAUAAAGUACGUGGAUAGGGAGCAGCUGAAGGAGCUGUUGAGGAAAGCAGAUGCUGGGGAAGAAGGGGUGAAGCUCUCUCCAUGGUUCAGGUUGGUUGUGAACAAUUUCUUGAUGAAGUGGUGGGACCACGUCGAGACAGGAACUCUCAAAGAGGCUUCAGACAUGAAAACCAUCCAUAAGCUCCUCUGAUCCGAUCUUGAUGGGGGGUUUUGUUUUAUUCAUUUAUUAUGAUUACUGUUAUUAUCUGUCUUUUUUGCUUCUCUCCAUUUUGAUCUUGAAGAUUCUGUCUCUGGUGUGGCUUUCAUUUCCACGGUGUCAGUUUCUUCUUGGACAAGGCACCCUUCGCGUUCUCUCUUUCAAGAACCCUAGCUUGGGCUUCUUAACACCGUUAUAAACGUUGUCCUUCCCUC